AUGAUCCGAAGGGGUUAUCUCUUUGAUGCUAUUAUUUCUCACAGUGCUGUUGUUUUUGGCGUGAGAACAUUAAAUGAAGAUAUCAUUAAAUAUUUGAAGGAGAAAACGAUCCCUUUACUAAAAGUAGCCCUAUCAGAUGAUAAAUCUGUUAUAGGAUCCCACGCUUUCCAAAGUUUACAAGUUGGAGCAAGCGAAUUAAAUCAGGCUGUAUUACAAAGUGACAUCUUUCGGAAUAUUGCCCUUGAAUUACUAACAGACCAAACUACUCCAGAGUAUACAAUCGGUAGAUUAGCAUCCCUUACGCAGACAUUUCUAUUAAACUCACCAGAAGAAGCCCAACCUGAACUCGGAUUUAUCUUCCAUUUCCUGAGAUAUUGCGGAAAUCCUACUGUUUUCAACUUUUGGGAAACGAUUACAGGUGAUCCUCGUGCAGAAAAGUCUCAGCAAUGGCUUCUGGAUAUGGGAUAUUCAGAAUACGUUGCUAGAGAGCUUCAUAACUUCGAUCCUUCCUAUGAAUCAAAAAGCGAAAACAAAUUUAUUGACCCAAUUUUGACAAAACUUUUCUGUAUAUAUCAAAUCAUCUUUAAAUCAGCUACAAACCCGUUACUCGCAUCAGGAUUCCGUACACAAGAAAUCAUUGAUGCUGUUAAACAAGGACUUAAAAAUCCGCCAGAUUUUAUUAUUUCAGCUCAAUGGAAGGCCCUUAAUUCCUUAUGUACGGCAGAAACUGAGUUCAUGAUGCGUGAUUUGAUACCAAAAGCAUUGCAAUAUCUCUCAGAACCGAUGACUUAUUUAGCUCAAUACAGAGUUUCAGCAUUAGACUUUAUCGUACUGAUGAUGGACUUCUAUCCAUCAUGUUUUAGUACAUUAAAGCGAUCAAUGCUACUCCAAAACCUUACAGUUUUAAUUUUACAAUUCCAGGAGACCACAAUUUUACAUUCUUCAUUCAGGAACUUUGUAAAGAAGGCUUUGACCGAUAACGAUUACGCAGAAGUCGUUGUGACCAUUUAUUCGCCGAUUAUGAUGGAUAUCGCUCAUCGUCAUCAAAACAAGGUUUUAUCGCCAACCUGCUUUGAAAUUAUGGACUAUUUCAUUGAACAGUCGAAGAAAAACCCUGUUAUUAAGAAAGCUCUCGCAACAAAUCCUGAAUGGAACGAAUUCUUCAAAAAAGAUUUUCCUGAGUACAAGAAACUGUUGGAUUCGAGCUAUGGAGGAUACCUGUCUGGAAAGGUCGUUAUGAUAUUCAAGGAACUAUUCCACUGA